AUGAGCCCGGAGCCGGUGCCGCCGCCGCCCCCCAAGUGUCCCCGCUGCGACUGCGGGGAGCCCUUCGCCCAGCAGUUAGAGAAGGGCGACAAGGCCUUCCGCGCGGGAGAAUACGAGAUGGCAGCCGAGCUCUUCCGCUCCAUGCUGGCCGGCCUGGCGCAGCCGGACCGCGGCCUGUGCCUGCGGCUGGGCAACGCGCUGGCCCGCGCCGGCCGCCUCCCCGAGGCCCUGGGCGCGUUCCGUGGAGCCGCGAGGCUCGGGGCGAUGCGGCCUGAGGAGCUGGGGGAGCUGGCGGGCGGCCUAGCGCGCGCCCUGGGCCAGCGCGAGUGGCGGCAGUCUCCCCCGGGCCGCGGGACCGAGGCGCAAGGCGAGGGACAGCAGUCCACGGCGCCCAUCGCGCCCCGCGACCUGCUCGGCUGCCCGCGCUGCCGCAGGCUGCUGCACAAGCCGGUGACCCUGCCGUGCGGGCUCACGGUCUGCAAGCGCUGCGUGGAGUGUGGGCCCGCGCGGCCGCAGGCGCGGCGCGUCAACGUGGUGCUGAGCUGCGUGCUGGAGAAGUGCUUCCCCUCCGAGUGCCUGCUGCGCAAGCUGGCGAGCCAGGCGCGGACCCUGCAGCGCCAGCAGCAGCCCGAGGCCGCUCUGCUCAGGUGCGACCAGGCCCUGGAUCUGGCUCCUGAUGAUACCUCAUUAUUGCUGCUGCGAGCGGAUUUGCAUUUAACCAUGAGGAACUAUGAGCAGGCCCUGCAGGAUUCUGGUAUAGUUUGUCAGAAGGAACCUCUCUUGACUAAGGGGCACCACAUAAAAGCUCAGGCUCUUUGUGCACUGGGAAGAAGUGAGGAAGUGUUGAAGGAAUAUCUCUACUGCCUUGCUUURAAUCCUGAUUGUAGCACCAUGAAGAAAGAAGCACAGAAGGCAGUGUGUGAGGUGUUUUUUCCACCUUCAGAAAACGUACGUCAGCACACCAAGGCUUGCAUCCAAAGCAGAGCAAAGGCUCCAUGUCGUGGCCGGAAAAACAAGGCGCUGCCACCMCAGUCCGCAGAAGGUGGUAACUCAGGGAGUCCUGAGAAUGCGUCUGAGAAAACUGACGUCUUUCGAAAUGCCAAUUCUUCGGUCUUGUAUUUUAUACUGGGUCUACACUUUGAAGAGGAUAAGAAGACAUUAGAAAGCUUACUUCCAGAGAAACCCAGCACCGGCUUAAAGAGACAGCAUCCGGAUGAUACGGAGGAUGCUCGUGAACUUAGUGCCCCUGGAAAGAUUCCUAAGAAAGAUGYCUCACCUGAAAGGAAUGUGAACUCUAAGACAGGAGAAGGUCCAGAGCUCCCGAUUGACGUAACUGACUUUGAGUGUGCCCUUUGCAUGAGGUUGCUCUUUGAGCCUGUCACCACGCCCUGUGGACAUACGUUCUGCCUCAAAUGCCUGGAGCGCUGCCUUGACCAUGCCCCACACUGUCCGCUGUGCAAGGACAAGCUCUCGGAAUUGUUGGCAAGCAGAAAUUUUAAUAUAACUAUUCUGGCUGAAGAAUUAAUAUUCCAAUAUUUAUCGGAUGAAUUGACGGAUAGGAAGAGGAUUUAUGAUGAAGAAAUGUUGGAACUAUCACAUCUGACCAGGGACGUGCCCAUCUUCGUGUGUGCCAUGGCCUUCCCCACGGUCCCCUGCCCGCUCCAUGUCUUUGAGCCCCGCUAUCGGCUUAUGAUAAGAAGAUGUAUGGAAACUGGCACCAAACGAUUCGGCAUGUGUCUGUCUGCUGAGCAUGCCGGGAUUUCCGAGUACGGCUGCAUGCUGGAGAUCAAGGAGGUCAGAACCUUUCCUGAUGGAAGCUCCRUUGUGGAUGCCAUCGGAGUCAGCCGGUUCCGAGUAUUAAGCCACCGUCACAGAGAUGGCUACAACACGGCGGACAUCGAAUACCUGGAAGAUGAAAAGGUGGAAGGUCCGGAGUAUGAAGAACUGGCUGCUCUUCAUGAUUCUGUUUACCAACAGUCCGUGUCCUGGUUCGCAUCUCUUCAGGACCACAUGAAAGAACAGAUCCUAAGUCAUUUUGGGUUAAUGCCUGACAGGGAACCUGAGCCUCAGAGCAAUCCUAGUGGUCCUGCCUGGUCCUGGUGGAUCCUGGCAGUGCUGCCGCUGGAGCGCAAGGCUCAGCUGGCCAUCCUCGGCAUGACCUCCCUGAAGGAGCGCCUGCUUGCCAUUCGGCGAAUAUUAGUCAUCAUCACACGUAAGAUGAAUAGUCGCCAAGAGGUGGUUAAUAACAGGGAAAGAAAUAAUUGA